UUCCCCUAUCCAAAAUCACAACCAUCAGACUUUUCCCCCAUCCCCCAGCCUCCUCCUACCCUCCAGGAUAUAAUUUCAGUCUGUCACCACCCACGCUAGCAAAUAGGAAACUGCUGGACCUUUCGACUAUAUUCACUUUCCAUACUAGUUGAGGUGUCUGUAAAUACUAGCAGGGUAAUAUGAAACGAUUCUGUUCUAUUCAGUAAAGUUUCCUGACGAGAAGCAUUAGGGAACCCACUUCAUGCCUGUCCUUUCUCCAAGACCCUUUCUACAAGAUCUGUAUCAAUAUGGAUAAUGUCACGAGCGCCUUAUCCAAGCCUGGCUUCUGAAGGGCAGUCCCGGGCAUCUAUCAUGUGUUGCUGAAAUCCAGCGAGCCACGUUGCCCAAAAGAAGAAGGAGGAAGGAAAAAACACACACACCCAGAAAAUCCAGACUCUACGUGACGUGACUUACUUAUUUCCCAGGAAACUGCAUGAGAGAAAAAUCAAUCAUUCAUGCUACGGUAGCUACCACACGGAAGGGGCUGAUGGAGUUCACAGUGGACAAAACCCCAAAGCGGCCGGCGGAGCUUCGGGAUGGUGAUUUCCGGCGUCCUGGGGUCUCCUCCCCACUGGGCGGCAGCUCGGACCCUUCACGCCCGCAUUCCCGAGCGGCGAUCACCACUGGAAGGAGAAAAAGAGCUGCAGUGAGACCUCGGCCAGCGGAGGAGCGCGCCCUGGGGGACCAGGGCAUCAGAGGGGGUUGGGGGUGGGGGCGUCCCGCGGAAGGUUGGGUUCCCCGAAAUCUGGCCGCCCCCUCCGCACCCGAUGCGGGAGAUGGGUUAUUCCCGGCUGGGGAAUAGCGAAAAGCCUGCUUCCCAGGUGCGGGAGGAGACCCCGCGGCUUCCUGUUGCUGCCGCUGCCAACGGCUGGUGCUCCCCUCACGCCCCGCCCGGGGUGGCCUCGGGCGCCGUGCCUGCGAACGCCAGCACCAGCAACAGAUCUUCCCCGCGCAGAAAACUUGCAAUGCGGCUGCGAAGGGGCGCGGGGGUGGGGGUGGGAGCUAAUGCAAAGCAGAGGCGGAGGCAGCGGCAGCCCGAGUUCCUUCCUCCUCCUCUUACUCCUCCUCCUCCUCCCAGAGAAGCAGCCGAGUGGCUGCAGCUCCAUCUACAGCAACAGCCAGCAUCUCCACCGCCAGGCGCCCCUCUGGAUUUAGGCCGUGAGCAGCCGCGGCAGCAGCUCGAGACAAAAAUAAACUCUCCCCACCCAAAGCUCCGCGCCCAGCGGGCGGCGGCGCAACCCAGAGCCCCGGCUCCCCCGCACCGCGCAGCGCCAGCCCACCCGGGAGGUCUCCCAGGGCCUGCUCUGGCCGGAGUGGUCAGUGUGCGCGCGCGUGUGCGUGUGUGUGCGCGCGUGUGUGGCAGGCAUCCUGCCGCCGCCGCCUACGGGCGGGUCUGUCCGGCCCGGCGCCUCGCCCGCGCGUCGCAGGCCGAGGGUGGCACAGCCCCGGGCACACGCCGCGCGCAGGGACUGCCGGGGUCCGCAGCGCUACCCCCUGCGGCAGGCGGGGCGGCCUCGCGGGGAAUGCGAAUCGACGCCGGAGGCACACGCCCCCCAAAGACAGCAAAGAAGAAAGUUCGGCUGCGGGGGUUCCCCCAGUCCCAUCUCGGUUCUGGUGGCCGCCGCCGGCGGGGAGAAGAGCACAGCGGCUCAGCCUUCAAGGGGCGACUCGCUUCCAACAACACGCUGCUUCCGACUCCCAGAACUUCUCGGGCGGAGGGGGAAGCCCCCGGGGAGGGGACCCCAGUGACCGGCGGGUCCCCCGCCGAGGGCCGUAGGGAGGGAGCGCUCACCUCUGCGCGGCUCAUCCCGGCGGCACGGGGGCCCUUGCGCGGGUCCGGGACCGCGGCGGCUCUCAGCGGGGUUGGGGGCGCCCGGAGCGCGGGCCGCCGGCCAUGCCGUCGGGGCGGGCGGCGCGGGGAGAGUGCGGCGCUUCGAGUCGGGGCCGCCGCAGCCGCUGCUGCUGCUGCCUCCAGUGUCGGCUCGCGGAGGACUGAGUCGCCCGAGCCGGAGCUCCCCACAUGCUACUGAUUAACAUACACCAUUACAUCAUGGGCUUGGCAGGGAGCGCCCGAGCGGGGGGAGAGGAACCCGGGCGGCGGCGACGGAACGCGGGGGGAGCCGGGGGGAAGAACCCCGGACCCGGCGCAGGGAGGGGGGACGGAUUCCUAAGUGGGGACCAGAAAAAGGGGAGGGGAGCGGAGUGGGAGGAGCUGGUGGCGCAGAGGGGUCGGGUAGAAGGAACCUCGGAGAGGAGCGAAGAAGUUCGGGGAAGAGGACGGGUCCGGGUGAAUUUCUUCCCGCGGCGGCCUGCGUAUUCUGGAGGGGCCGGGACACUCAAGCCACUCGAGCCCCGACAGAAAGGGACCCGAGGGCGCUCGUGCGGGGGCGGUGCUGCCACCCGCUGCUCGUCCUUGGGAAUGUGGUUCGUCAGCUCGGGUGACCCUCGGCCCUUCUGGGGCCCGGGGGUGGCCGAGCUGUGUGGCCCGCGGGCGGUGAGACCCGAGGUCACUGCAGCAGAUGCUGGGAUGGUUUCCGGGGAUCGUGGAGGCGAAGGGUUCAAGAGGCUGAGGGGCAAUGCACAGGGUUGGACGUGCCCAGGCGCUGGGCUCCGUGCCGCCCUAGUCCAAGGGCCUGGCCCGGGUCGGGUGCCAGAUGCCCUUUCCUCUGGCGCAGGCUCCUAGAGGCCGGCCCGGUGCCUGGCUGAGUCCCACUCUUCCCCGGGGAGGCGGCCCAAAUCCUGAGACCGGUCGGGGGAGCCGUGCCUGGCGCGCAGGCUGCGGCUUCGGGCCUGGAGCGUAGGCGAGCGCCGCCCUGGGCGACAAAGAGGCGGGGCGAGGCCACCUGUCGGCGCUCAGGCGUCGCCAGACCUCACAAGCUUCACCUGGAUCUGGAGAGUACGCAGGGCAGCGGCCACACGGGGGCUUCAGGUCCUUGCCGCGUGAGAGGCGAGGAGGGCGCGGCGCCAAGUCUGAGUGGUGCAGGGUGGGCUGCGAAAGUGCCUGAUAGUCUUGCAAGUAAAGGUUUGGUUAAAAAUACCCUAAACCCUAAAAACCUCUGUACCUCCUGAUGUGGGUUGAAUAAUCGCAAGGAGGACUUAAUGACUAAAUCUGGUCUAUCUCCGUGAUUUCAGAGGAAGCACUGCUCCCUCCAGCAACUUGAGGCUUUGUUUAUACAGGAGUAAUUCUGAGAAGGCAAUGAAACGUGUGCUUCAGACCAGCCUUUCCUACUCCUGCUAAUCCACUGUUUUGAAGAGAAAGUAUCUGAGAUAUUAUUCCACUAAUUAACGCUUUUGUUUUCCAACUCCAGCAUAUGUCCCUGGAAUUUCAAUGUUUUCUUCCCUUCCUCCUCAAAUUUAGUUUCUGCGGCGUAUAGGUCGUUUCAGACACGUGACAGCACCUAACCAUCUGUUAGGGUUUUUGAAAGGUCUUGUCGAGCUGCAAAAAUGUGGAUUUUUUAAAAAGUUAAUUAUUAACCAUACAGGUAAAGUAUCCGCAUAAUUUAAUGAAUAUUUUGCCCUAUUUAGAAAACAAGAAACCUGGAGUCAGUGUUUUAUUUUUGUUUUAUUUUGUUACUGUAGAGGCAGGACGGCUUGAUAGAUUUUGUCCAAGAGAUUACUAUCAAUUAGCUAAUUCUUAGUAAUAACAUAUCAGGAAAUAGGGAGGAUUAGAGAGUAUGGUCAACUUCAGUAUAUAUCUUGCUAUAAAUUGUAGGAAAAGCAGAUGUUCUUACAGGGCUUUUGGAAGCUCCCAAGAGUGAAUUUCUUUUAAAAGAAAGUGAAAGAAAUUUCAUUAACAUGUGUUUUCACCUGCAACUUACUAAAGGUAUAGUAAAACUAAAAACAAAACAGAAGAAAAAAAAGAAAAACCUCAAAACGCUUAGGUUGGCGAAUGAAAAUACUGCCAUCUACUGGAAGAGUGUGGUUCUUACAACAGCCUUUGACCUAAGAAAAGACAUUGAUUUAUCUGAUUUUUGAAUUCUUACUGUUCAGGACACUCUGUAAGACAUAUAAAGUUGAGCAUGACCUGAGCUGUCAGUACUCUUGUAUUUGUUUGUUAACAAUUCCUUUCCUCUGGGCAAAGGAAAGGCAGUAUAAAUGAAACCCAGGGAUAUGGCCUUGCUAUUCCCCAGAGUGAAGUCAUCACUCUAAAGGAAAAAAAAAUACCAUUCAUUAAAUAUAAGUUAUUGUAUUAA